AAAGGUACUACAAAAUUCGACCAAUCGCCUUAAACUGUCCGGAAACAGUCUGUCGGCGCCUAAUUGUCAGAACCGGUGGCGAGCUGCAGAGGCGGAUUGAUUUUGACUAACACUACGCUCUCAUCAAUACAGAGAAAAAAGUCUUGUUCCGAUCGCACAAAAAAUCGCUCAUAACAAAAAGACAAUGCAGCAAGAUAGGAAGACGACGAUUACAUUUCUGAUGUGAAUUAUUUUGUUGGGGAAAUAUCAUAUUACAGAAACUAAGCAAAAAAGAUGAAUUCCACAAACUUUUCCAUCGAGAUUCCUUUGAGCACGGAAGAAAUAUUACACGCUAAAUUUGAUAUCAAUCUUGUAUACGAAAAAUAUAUCCCGGAAAAGUUUCUUAUUCCCAAGGUCCUUAAAACAAUUUUAUACAUCUUUGGAUUUCCUGGAAACAUCCUGGCAUGUCUUCUGUGGCUGCAGAAGCCCAUGCUGCACUCCUCGGGCUGUUACCUUGCCGCACUGGCCGUCUCGGAUGUGAUUUUUCUAAUAAUGUCCUUAAUGUACGAUCUGACAAUUUAUUGGAAAGUGAAAAUCCUAGAUUUUCCGACUAUUUGUCAGCUCUUUCCGUGUUUGUACCUGUCUGUGCAAUAUUUAUCGCCUUUGCUUACCUUGGCGUUUACAGUAGAGCGCUUCAUAUCUAUACGAUUUCCCUUUAAAAGGAGGAUCUACUGUAACAUAAAGAGAGCGGUCUGUGUCAUUCUUACAUUGGUUGUCAUUUCGCUUGGGGUUGCUGGGAUCCAAAUCUAUUUUUGGGAUUAUGAUCACCAAUCGGAGAAAUGUGUGAAUAAACUGGAACUUGCUUAUCUCUCUGAGAAGUGGACAUGGAUCACUGAAUGUUUAAUGUUCAUGUUCGUCCCGGGUUUGAUUUUAUUCUUCAAUAUACUUUUGGUUGUCACCAUGAGGAACUCGUCCAGAAGGGCCCAGGAGCUGUACGGACCCAUGCCCCCCAAACAGAGAACGGCCACAACCAAGAUGUUGUUAGUCGUCUCAUUUGUUUUAAUUUUUACCACCAUACCAGUCAGCAUCGUGUACUCGUUAAAUGAUAAAUUUCCUGUGGGGGAUGCAAAUACCAUCGACAAUAUAUCUAAUGACAUCACAUGGCAACGUUAUUUAAAUUUCGUUUUGACCCAGGAAGUGAUAUACGAUCUGGGACUCGUACAUUACGCUUGUAACUUUUACCUUUAUCUGCUCACUGGUAAAAGAUUUAGACUUGCCAUCAAGAAAUAUUUUCAGAAACUUUCUGUCAUGAGACUGGUGGAUUUUAGAGACAGAAGCUCGAGGUCCCUCAGGUCUUCAUUUACGGAGUUAAGGUCCUUGUCUUGAUUCCGUCGUCUGAGAAAUACAGGACCCAUUAAUGAAAGGAAAUGAAAUUAGAAACAUUAUCAUGCAUGUUGUUAACACAUUAUCUUAAUUAUCCUGGGUUUACAUUGAUUUUCCAUAUAUUCCCAUCUUUAUAUGGAUAUAACAACACGUAUUUACAGCUUUUACCAAUAAAUCUACGAAAAAUAUAGAAAAUUGCAUAAUCCACAAAUGUUUCAAUGAAACUUGUAACGCAAAAGCAGCGUAAAAUAAAACUAUAAAACUGACAACUUGUUUUAGAAGCAUGUAUGAAAAAAUAUUCACUUAAUAAAUGUUUUCCCCAUUUUGCAUAGAAAGACAAAUAGGUUGUCAGAUAAACAAACUGCCGUAGGAUUUUUGUUUACAUAUAGGAGUGCGUGUAGAAUGAAAUGAAGCUUUAUUUUCUAAAUCUCUCGGUGUUUAUUUAAGGAGACGGUAUUCACGUAAGAUAUUCAGGCAAUUAUACAUGUACAAAUCUGAUGGGAUUCAGUGUUAUUCUUUCAUUUUUAUCUAAACAUACACGUUUCAUACAUGAAUGAGGAAAAAUGUUUAUUGAGAUGCAAGUUUUGAAUGUUUUGCUUCAUUUUUUAAAGCUUAUAAUAUAAAUAUAUACUACUAUCGAUUUCGAUAGAUUGACACUUUAAUUAUGAUUUACAAAUCAGAAAUUUGAACCCAAGGUGUUUUCGUGUUCUUAUAAGUACCUCACGAUUCAAGAUUAAAAAUUAAAAAAGAAUGUUAUUUGAAUGGCGUCACUGUGUACAACAUUAAUGCUGGUGAAUAACCUGUGCUGUUUUUGUGUGCUGUCCACACUUGUGUUCGGGAUAUACCCAGUGUACUGUAGUUUCUAACAAUGCCGUCAUGCACUAAGUUGGAGUAUAAAAGGUGUAUAUAGUGUUUUCGUUUUAUCUGAAAAUAUUGCACAAUUUUGUUAAUUGUGUAUCUUUCAAUUUAAGAUUGAAAUGUACUCCUUAUGAUUGCCUUAUGAGUGUCAGUUAGUUUUAGUUUUUGCAAAACUACAUUUAUGUUAAAAAUAGUUCGAUAAGAUGAAAUUCCAGAGGAAAUAUGGCAUAAGAGAUUAAACGACUUAUCUAUUGUUUAAAUGCUUGAUUUAUCAAAGAAAAACUGUCAGAUUGUAAAGAUUUAUUUCAUUACUGAUGGCUUAA